AUGAUACAAAACAUAGCAAGUAAUAGUCUCGUAUUAAGUCCUGAGAAUAAUAACAACUGGCAAUCGGUACCAGGUAACAACGAUACUGAGUCUAGUAAUCUUAUCAACAAUAACGAUUUCGAUAAUUUGAUCAAUAGUAUCAGUAAAAAUAAUAGUAAUAAUAACAACAACAAUAUCAAUAACAAUAGUAACCUCAAUAACAACAAUAAUUUUAUGAAUAUGAGAGGAGGAAAUAAUAAUAAUAAUACCAAUAACGGUAUGAGUGGUGGUCCACCCAACAUGAUGAGUGGCAAUAUGCCAAACAUGAUGGGAAACAUACCAAAUAUGAUGGGUAAUUCCAAUAAUUUUAAGAAUAACAAUAAUAAUAAUAAUGGUUUACCAAAUAACAACAACAAUAACAAUAAUAUGAUGAAUGGAGGAGGAGGAGGAUUCCCAAUGGGUGGUGGUAAUUCUAACUUCAACAUGAAUAUGAAUAUGAAUAAUAAUAAUAAUCAGAUGCAAAAUAUGAAUAACAAUAGAAAUAAUAAUUAUAAUAACAAUAACUAUAACAAUAAUAAUUACAACAACAACAACGGUGGUAACAAUAACAACAACAAUAGAAGAAAUAAUAAUAAUCGAAAUGAUGAUACUCCAAUUUUGAUUAAGGAUACCAAUGGCAAAGUCAUUGGAGAAAAAGAAAAACCAGGUAGAACUCUUUUCGUUCGUAACAUUGCCUAUGUAGUCAAGGAAGACGAUGUCAUUUCACUUUUCGCUAAAUCUGGUGAUAUUCGUAAGAACUUUUCUGUAAUUGAGAAUCGUGGUAUUGCUUUUAUUACCUAUUUUGAUUUAAGAGAUGCUGAGAAAGCAAAGAAUGAGCUUCAAGGUUUUAAUAUGGGUGGAAGAACUAUAAGUAUUCAUUUUUCGAUUCCAAAAGAAGAUGCCAACGGUGAGAGUGCAAAUUCUGGUUUCAUAUUGGUGAGAAAUAACAAUAUGCCUGCUGGUGAGCUUAGAACAUUCUUCUCAACCUAUGGUGAUGUUAGAGAUGUCACUAAUUACAAGAAUGAUCAACAUCUUGUUGAAUUUUAUGAUACAAGAGCAUGUGAAAAAGCUUUAAAGGGUGGUCAAGGAUUACAAUUGUCGGGACAACAAUUGGACUUGGCUCACUGGGCACCAAAGGAACAACCAGCCAUUAUCGAUGCCUCUGAGUUUAGAAGAGAGAAACAAAUGCAAAUGCAAAACAGAGGUGGUAACAACUAUAACAACAAUAGAGGUGGUGCAAUGAGAAGUAACUAUCAAAACGAUCGUAAUCCAGAUUACAAGAGAAGAAAUAACAACAAUAACAAUAAUAACAAUAGCAACAACAAUAAUAAUAAUAAACACAUGCAACAACAACGACAACAAAAUAUGAGCAAUAUGAAUUAUAAUAACAACAACAUGAAUAACUUUUCAAAUAAUGAAUAUGAAUAG